AUGCAGGACCACGACUACAGGAAAGCAUACGUCAUGCUCUGGCGACACUCAUCGCUUGUGCUGAAACACCUCGACACGCACCCUGACGCCAAACUUCCGGAAAACAAGGCCUUCACAAAGGCCCUACGCAAGCGCCAGGCGAAUGAGGUCUUCAGGCGUCUCGAACAACUCAAACCGCUCAUCGACAGUGAAUACGACGAGUGGGCGCGGAUGACCGCUGCGUCGAAGAAGGCCGCCAUCGAGCAAGAAGACUCGAAACCCACGACCUACAAUGAUUUUGCAGCUCGGGACCCCUCUCUUGGUGGGAGAGCAAGAGUUCUGGACGCGGGCGACAACCAGGAGUUCGCGGUCGACUUGGCGCAACGAGAUUUCAUACGGCGGGACACAAUGAAGAGGGGAAUCCGCCGUGCUGGUGUUUCGGUGGAGCAGGAGCAAGAGCGCCGGAGAGGUGGUGCAUGGGACGGCUGGCAAGGCGGACAGCCGGAUACCACGAACGACGCCGAAGAAUUGAGGAGACAAAUGGAAGCCACUCGGCAAAGGCUUGAUGACAACCAGGGCGGGUACCAGAGGGUUGAAGACGCUUUCAGCCAAACAGGCGCCUCACGCCCACAUCCACCAUCGCCUCCUCCCAAGAUACCGAGCCAGCCGUACCACUACCCUUCCGUGUCGAAGCCAAAGCCAGUGCAGUGGGAUUCUGCCCCACUGGAGCCUCGAAGGUCGGAUAUCGCGGCACCUUCAAAGCCUCCAAAAGAAUUGGACAUUCCGCCCUACAAACACGACGUUGUGCCGCCUUCUAGGCCGCUCAAGGAGUCUCUCCCAACGUACAAACGACUACCCACACCUGAACCAGCAGCACCAGCUGCCCCCACUCGACCUCCAAAGGAACAGGAGGUGGAGGCACCGGCCAAAGAGCAGCGCGUCGCAUUCCGCCCUGCCGCGUACUUGGAGAAUGGGGAUCCUAUCCGGCCCGUUUUCAUUCCCAGCGACCUGCGUCAUAAGUUCCUUGAGAUUGCCUCAGGAAACACGCGCAAGGGCUUAGAGAUGUGUGGCAUUCUGUGCGGAAGGCCGAUUAAUAACGCACUUUUCAUCAGCUGUCUCCUCAUCCCCGAGCAGAAAUGCACUUCGGACACAUGCGAGACAGAAAACGAGUCUGCGCAACUCGAGUAUUGUAUCAACGAGGAUCUUUUAGUUCUCGGCUGGAUUCAUACACACCCAACACAGACCUGCUUCAUGAGCUCGCGUGAUCUCCACACCCAGGCGGGGUACCAGAUCAUGAUGCCUGAGAGUAUUGCGAUCGUGUGUGCCCCGCAACACCAGCCGUCGCAUGGCAUCUUCCGCCUGACGAACCCCCCUGGCCUCCCGCAUAUCCUCAACUGCAACCAGGCCGCGAUGUUCCACCAACACCAUAUUGACAACAUUUACACCAAGGCCAGCAACCCUCCUGGCCAUGUGUUUCAGUCAGAUAAGCUGCAUUGGUACGUCAAGGACUUGCGACCCAAAAAUUAG